AUGGAGAAUUAUGGGACUCCAUCAUCUUUUGUCAGGCUGCAACUAGAACCCUCCCUCUUUGACAGAGAAAAAAUUGAAAGUUGUCCAGGUGGGGUUUUCAGUCUUCAAAUUCAAAACUCCAACACCCACGGUUUCUUUAAGGUCAUGGAACCCUCCAUUAAUGCACCCUUUGUUUCUACACAAGCUGAUGGUUCUACUGCUACACAAGUUGAUGGUUCUACUGCCACCCAAGCUGAUGGUGCUACUACCACCCAAGAGGUUGCUGUUGCUACCCUAGCUGAAGCUAUUGAUGCUGAGCUGCCCCCAGUUCCACCUAGCAAAGUGAAGACUGGUACUAGUAAUGGUAGAAAAAAGUUUUUAGUUUGGAAUCAUUUUGAAAAAGUAAAGGUAGAUGAGGGUGUCAUGAAGGCUAUAUGUAAUUAUUGUAAAAAAAUCAUAUCAUGUUGAUAGUAAGAGUUGUGGUACUAGUAAUUUGUUAGCUCAUGUGACAAAUUGUCCCACAAACCCUAAUAGAGAAGAUAUAGGUAAAAGGUAGAAAACCUUAGCUUUUGAACCCAAAAAUGAUGGAGACGAAGGGUUCCAACUUGUGUUAACAACCUUUACUGUUGAGGCUUCUAGAAAGGCACUUGCUGAAAUGAUUAUAAUUGAUGAGUUGCCUUUUAGGUGUGUUGAGAGGUAUGGGUUUAAGAAAUAUGUAACUACCUUACAACCUAAGCUUCGUCUAAAGGAUAUUCCAUCUCGUCAAACUGUGGCUAGAGAUGUGAUUGGAAUUUAUAAUAGUGAGAGAGAGAAACUAAGGAAAUCCUUUAAGGGUUGUAGGGUGUCUUACU